CAGGCUUAUAUGCGGAAGUUUCAGUUCCGCUCAGUCCAGUUAACUUCGAAACUGAGAACAGACGGACUACAGUCACGCUUCUUUCUCUCUGUGCACAGCAGACCCGGCUCCACAAGGCAAGGUGAAUCAUGAGCAGCUACAGCGUCUCCCUGGCUGGCCCAGCCCCCUGGGGCUUCAGACUGCAAGGAGGGAAGGACUUCUGUCUGCCCCUCACAAUCUCACGGCUCACUGAUGGAGGCAAGGCGGCCAGAGCCAAGAUGACUGUUGGAGACAUCAUUCUGUCCAUUAAUGGCAUUUCCACGGACAGCAUGAACCACCUCGAGGCUCAGAACAAGAUUAAGGCCUGCACAGGCAAUCUCAGCCUCACUCUACAGAGACCCUCUCCGAAAGAUGCCAUACCUAAGGACGAACCUCAAGAAAUCAUUAAGCCUGUCCCAAUCACUCACCCCGCCCCGAGCACCGCGUACACCAAGCCGUCGAGCCAGCCCAGUGCUGCUUACAACAAGACAGCCCGGCCUUUUGGCGGGGACAGCGGUGUGGUCACAGCUUCUUCCCCGGCCCCCCCCUCCAUCCCCUCACAGUCAUCCGCUUUCAAGCCGGCUGCCCCUUCUCAGCCACCCCAGCCCCCAUUUGCGCUGAAGUCGAGCCUCCCUGCACCGGACUCCUCUCCCAGGCCCAGCACUGGCCGCUCCGCCUUCACUUCCCCGUCUGCCUCUUCCUCCUCAUCUAACUCCUCCUCUCCAGCCAGAGUGACAGCCCCUCCCUCCAACCCUAAUGUCCCACAGCCCUCCGUCUAUAACUCACCUAUCAACCUCUACUCCAAUAACAAUGCUUGUGAGGUGGUCAUGGGACAGAGACGCGGCCUUUUGGAGAGCCAGGGAAUCUCAGAGCACUUCAAUGGGAAACCUAAUGUGGAACCCGAGGAUCACGCCUCCCCACUGAGCGAGGCUAGCAAGAAGCGUCUGAUUGAGGACACGGAGGACUGGCACCCGAGAACUGGAACUUCCCAGUCCCGCUCCUUCCGCAUCUUGGCCCAGCUCACAGGCACAGAAAAUGAGCAAGCUGCAGAGAACAGUGGAAAGAAUGAGGCAGUCGACCAAACCACCCCCACUGUGCACACCUCGCCUGCAGCAAAAACAUUCUCCAAAUCUGCAGCAUCACCCAGAAACGGCAACGUCGCCCCUGGCUCCACGUUCAAGAGCCCGGCGGCCCAGAACAAGCCCGCCUUCCAGUCUGGAGGUCCACCAGGUUUUCCUAAAGGAGGAGCAGCUCCUUCAUUUGGCAAAGUUACCAACGCUGGUCCCAAAGGUCCUGACCGCCCCACCCCACAGCCACAUCCACAGGACCUCAACUCUCUGGUGCAGCAGGCGGAGCACAUCCCAGCCGGCACACGCACCCCAAUGUGCAACAAGUGCAACAAUGUAAUCAGGGGCCCAUUUCUUGUGGCCAUGGGCAUGUCAUGGCACCCCGAGGAAUUCAACUGUGCUCAGUGCCACUCCUCCCUGGCAGUGGGUGGAUUUGUGGAGGAGAGGGGCCAGGUGUACUGUGAACGUUGCUACGAGCAGUUCUUGGCUCCCACCUGCGGCCGCUGCAACAUGAAGAUCCUGGGGGAAGUCAUGAAUGCCCUGAAACAGACCUGGCAUGUGUCCUGCUUCGUCUGUGUCUCCUGCCAACAGCCAAUCAGGGGCAACACGUUUCACAUGGAGGAUGGACAGCCGUACUGUGAAAGAGACUACUACCAACUGUUUGGGUCCAACUGCCACGGCUGUGACUUCCCCAUCGAGGCAGGGGACAAGUUCCUGGAUGCUCUAGGAUUCACCUGGCAUGACACCUGCUUCGUGUGUGCGGUCUGCUCUACUAAUCUGGAAGGUCAAGCGUUCUUCUCCAAAAAAGACAAGCCUUUGUGCAAGAAACAUGCCCACACUGUCAACAUCUGACCUGCCUGCUUGGAUAUAAAUGGGACAGGGCAACAGUUUACAGCAAUUUAUAUUUCAGUCAGAUGUUAUAUAUUUUCAGAACUAACAUUGGGUCAGAGGUUCCACUAUAAGCUUUACUUUUGCUCUAAUUUUGUUAUGCCAUAUCAGUUUUAUAGAUAAAUAUGCAAGAGUACAUUUCAAUACACUGUUAGCCCCCUGCCAUUUCUGUGCAAGUGGAUUUUUAAUACACAUGUAUUGUGCUUAAGUUUGUAUUUGUGCUGAGCUCUUGAUGGGACUUUUUGUUUCACACAGAAUAGGAUAGUUUACUGCAAUUACCUACUGAGCCCCUCAGGGGUCACUUAUUAGCUAAAAAUAUUAAAGUGGAAAGGUAUGCUAUUAGUAAAGCAAGUGAAAGCUUUAGAAAUUAUGAUUAUUUAACAUUUAAGGGGAAAAAUUAUUUAUUUUUAAGCAAGGAUUUCUCAGUCAACUUGUUCUGGCAACAAAAAAUGUCUGGCCUUUGGAGUAAAAAUGGGAAAUUUUAACAGUAUAUUAUUGUUUUUUUAAAUGGUUUUAAAUAAAUGUGAUAUAUAUGGAAUCCCCUUUUGGUUAGUAAAGUAAAAAAAACUUAAAAAAAAGAAAAUGGAUGAAAAAAGAUUUUGUAAGUCAUUAUAAUGUCAAACGUUGUCUCAAUAAUGAUUUUAGUAUCUCACAAUAAGGAUAUGUCAUUAUUUUGAGAUACUAAGUUAUAUUUCGAGAAGGUUUCUCAUUAUGAUGACUUACUGGAUUUGUUCAUUUUUUCAUCACAUUGGCAGCAAUAGGCUUCCAUAGUAUUUUUCCAUUCCAAGUGAAUGAAAGCACAAAAAAGUUAAAGUAAUGUACAGCAGUGUGAAACUGUCCAGGUCAACUUUCCUUGUUAAUGCAUAAAAAUUAUAUAAAAGUCUGGUCAUCACUCCACAAUAGAUUGAGUAGUGUUUAUGUAUAUUUUGUUAUGCCUAUAUUUCAGGGGCCAAAGCAUGCUUCCAGCGAAUAUCCACAUGAAACUGUACUUCAUCCCACUAGUUUCUGACAUUAAAAUCCUCCAAAAUUGAA